AAGCUCUCGCGGAUAAUAAUGCAGUGCCCAGAAUAGUCAGUGGACAGUCUGACGUGAACGGUAGAAAGUCGCACGCGUGGACGGCUAAGCCCACAUUCGCUAAAUAAUCGUAAAGGUCUUUGCAGACAGUGAUCAAUACAAAGCCAAAAAUGGAAUCAAAAGAAAGAAAAAAAUGUCAAUAAAAUGAGUAAAGUUUGUAUAAAAUUAACGUUUAAGUUUAGUACAACUUCUGUUGAAGCCCGAUAAACAACGUCUAAACUCUUCAAAAGCGAUAAUGAAAUUUUAGUGGUUUUCAGUAUAAAUGAAAAUUAUUUAAAAAAAAAUAUGAUUAAAAAAUUAAUGUAUAAUUAAUUGCUAACACAGAAGUAUAACAUUUAUGUGAAAUAAUUUUUUUCGUAUGUAAAAUAUAUAAAAAUUUAAUAAUUUUUCAACACAUGAAAUGAAAGUUGAACGGAAAUACACGCUUCGGUUGUCUAUUUUUGUAGUGAGAUACUUGUAUGAAUAUAUCAGUCACAAAUGACAAACGCUAAUGUUAUGACGUCACAAGCUUACUCACAGCAGUUAGAAUUUUUAUGUUUUUAGUUCAGUCAAUUCGAUUCAUUGUACGUAGAGUAUUUGUCUGUCUUGAGUCUUGUAAAGACUGACGCCAUGCUUUCGCGAUAAGAAAAUAUAUAUUAAUAAUAUAACGAAAGUGCAAAAAUUGUGUACAUAACGAAAAAUAAAUAUUGCAACAAAUUUAUGUGUAAAUAUAAUAAAUAAUGAUAUGAUCCAAACGAACUUAAAUGCUUAUAAACAAACUUAAAAAUUUAAAGGCGGUGUAUUUAGAUCUACAAAGCAGUGACCACAAUUAUUCAAUAUAAAUUAGCAGUUAUAUACGUAAUUACAUAAAAUUUAUAGUAAAAAAUUAAAAAAAAUUUAUUUAGUAUGAAAUUGCUACUAAAAGUAAACUCAGAAAAAACGCGUAAACGUCAUCGAUGGAAUUCGCCGGAAACUAGUUCGAAAACAGCCGUAACAUCACUGAAAAGAAUCAAUCAGAACAGGAAUGCUAGUAGUACCUCCAUCACACAAAAAUUGACUAUCACAUCAAAACUACUUAUCCUGCUAAUAGUUUUAUUGAUCAUAUUGAUCAUUGCCAGUGUGGUUGUGUAUUUUAAUGCAACUGGAAAAAAAGAGACGGGACCAAUAUUAUUUGGGAACAAUUAUGAACAUGGAACUUUUCCGAAUUUAGGAAAUGGACAUCUAAUAGUUGAUCGUAUACAAUGGGGUGCUUCAGAAUUGGCUAAAAAACUAACGAUACCGUUGAAACAUCCCAUACCAUAUGUACUCAUAACACACAUCGGUGUACAGUCAGUACCUUGUUUAAAUAUAUAUAAAUGCUCCAUUAAAAUGCGCACUAUACAAGAUUCAGCAAUUGCUGAAAAGAAUUUACCAGAUAUACAGGCAAACUUUUAUGUCGGUGACGAUGGCAAUAUUUAUGUGGGACGUGGCUGGGAUUACGCCAAUACUUAUGCAAAUGAUACCUUGGCUGUGACGUUUAUGGGUGACUAUGGUCGCUACAUACCAAGUGAUAAGCAAUUGGAAGCCACACAAUUUCUAUUGGCUCAUGCAAAAACAAGUCAAUACAUUGACUUGGCUUAUAAAUUAGUAGCACAAAAUCAGACAAAAUCAAGCAAGAGUCCAGGUGCAAAUGUUUAUCGUUAUAUAAAGAACUGGCCACACUUUUAUCCCUGUGGCAUGGAUGACAACCCCAAGUGUGGUAGUGAACUAGGUAUGCCUGAGAAAUGGGAUGGAAAUAUGUAAAAGCUAUGUUACUAUACUUGCAAUGUUGUUUCUUGUUUAAAUAUUUUCACAUUUGAAA